CGAAGCCGGAAGUGACGCAGAGCCCUUGUCAACUGACGGUCGCGAGCAAGAGGCGCUGCUAGAGAGAGAGAGAGUAAACAAGGCUUGGCUACCCGGCCUCGCCGUCUCCAUCUUUAAAGGGCCGCCGGGCAAGUCGCCGUCUUUGGAGGACAGACAUGGGGGCAGUUUUGGGCCUCUGCUCCAUGGCGAGCUGGAUACCAUGCUUGUGUGGAAGUGCCCCAUGUCUACUGUGUCGAUGCUGCCCUAGUGGAAAUAACUCCACUAUAACAAGGGUGGUAUAUGCACUCUUUUUACUUCUUGGAGUCAGUGUGGCAUGUGUGAUGCUUAUACCAGGAAUGGAAGAACAGCUGAAGAAGAUUCCAGGGUUUUGUGAUAGCCAUGUGGAUUGUGAUAUUCUAGUAGGAUACAAAGCAGUGUACCGGGUGUGCUUUGGAAUGGCCAUGUUCUUCCUCUUGUUCUCAUUAUUGAUGAUCAAGGUGAAGAGCAGCAGUGAUCCACGUGCAGCAGUACACAAUGGAUUCUGGUUCUUCAAAUUUGUCAUAGCAGUUGCAAUUACAGUUGGAGCAUUUUUCAUACCAGAGGGACCCUUUACAACAGUAUGGUUUUAUGUAGGCAUGGCUGGGGCUUUCUGCUUCAUUCUUAUCCAGCUGGUUUUACUUAUUGAUUUUGCCCAUUCAUGGAAUGAAUCCUGGGUUGAAAAAAUGGAAGAAGGAAACUCGAGAUGCUGGUAUGCAGCUCUGCUGUCUGCCACUGCUCUGAACUACCUUCUCUCUUUGGUGGCAGUUGUCCUGUUUUAUAUUUAUUACACUCACCCAGAAGGCUGCUCUAAUAAUAAGGCAUUCAUCAGUGUCAAUAUGCUGCUAUGUAUUGGAGCAUCUGUAAUGUCCAUUUUGCCUAAAAUUCAGGAAUCACAACCAAGAUCUGGAUUGUUGCAGUCAUCUGUGAUUACAGUUUAUACAAUGUAUCUAACUUGGGCAGCAAUGACGAAUGAGCCGGACAGACAAUGCAAUCCAAGCUUGCUGAACAUAAUUGGAUAUAAUUCCACAAGCAUACCAAGCAAAGGGCAGUUUGUCCAUUGGUGGGAUGCCCAAGGGAUAGUGGGACUCAUCCUCUUCUUACUGUGUGUUCUCUACUCAAGCAUUCGGACAUCCAAUAACAGUCAGGUGAACAAAUUGACGCUCACCAGUGAUGAAUCAACCCUGAUAGAAGAUGGCCUUCCUAGAAGUGAAGGCUCGCUUGAUGAUGGUGAUGAAUUCCAUCGUGCUGUUGAUAACGAGAGAGAUGGAGUCACUUAUAGUUACUCAUUCUUCCACUUCAUGCUCUUUCUUGCCUCACUUUACAUCAUGAUGACCUUAACCAAUUGGUACAGUCCCAAUCCCACUUCUGAAUAUAUGACCAGUACGUGGCCAUCUGUGUGGGUUAAGAUAUCUUCCAGCUGGAUUGGUAUUGUCCUCUACGUAUGGACUCUCGUGGCUCCACUUGUUCUUACAAACCGUGAAUUUGACUAAUCUGUGCAUCUCAUCUGAAAGCUUUUAUUUUGUUCUGUUGCUUAUUUAGAGCUAACAGUAUUCCCUACUAAGAUGUAAUUGUAAAUAUAUGUGUGUUCUAUCUGUAUACUUUAUUCUGUCCUUGUUCUGCAUGGUUACUUUAAGAUCAUGUUAUCUUGCCAUUUCAAUGACUGUUUUCUAGUUGAGGAUAAAGAUAAGGAUAAAGAUAAUGAUAAGGAUUGCUAGAUUCAGGACCAAGCCAAACAUGAUAGCAACAGUUUUAUGGGUUGUAUUUGACAUAAUGCUAGUGGAAAAGGUUUGAGAGAUGAGUUUGGUCCACUAGUGUUUUCGUGUUCUGCCAAUGGUUGUGCAAAUGCUAAUGGGUCAGUGUAAUGAAGUCAUGAAAGCACUUGUUUGAUGGCAUGUGCAAGUGCUUACAGAGUCAAAAAACUGGAUUUGGCACUUGUGCAAGGAAGAAAAUGAAGCUUCUACAAGCAGUAAAAGGUUUUUGCUUGAUGAUCAGUGCCAUUAGAUGUCACCCAGUGUGUUUUAAGCACACAUUCGUUUUCAGGGAGAGAAUCUGAUUCUUAAAAGCAGAAGGGGAUACACAGGUGAUAAGUUCAGAACUUUCUUGCCUACUGUUCAUCUCUAUUCAGCACACUUUUUCUCUCUUCCAAUAUUUUUCUUCUGUCUGGAGCUUUGCUACUGGAAAUAGGGCACAGUAGGGAAAUGGAUUAACAUAUGUUAAAACACAGGAUAGAGAAUUUGAUUUUUGUCAGUGUUGUGUCUUUAUAUAUAUAUAUAUUUAAGAUAAUGUUCUUCACUGUUGCUUUGUACAUGAUGAACACAUUUCUGUAUUGUUAAAACACAGACAGCUGGCAGUCUUAUCUGCAGUGGCUUUUUUUGCUAGAUACUAGAACUAAAAUAGGGCUCCCCUCUUUAAAUAGAUAACAGAAAAGGCAGCCUCAAUUUUUGUGAUCUUUCAAAGAGAGAACUGAAAAUCCGAAGAAGGCAACUGCUAUUUCAAAGAUCACAUUAUCACUAUUAAUUUUCUUGUUUAAUAUAGCUGAAGCAGAUAAUAUAUCAGCACCAAUCUAUUGGACAUUUCUCUCCACUUUUUUUUCCAAGGAAACUUUACUGGGAACAGUGGAAGGUGAUUUUCUUUUUAUCUCAACCCUCUCCCAAGGGAACCCUGAUCUUUCUGAGAAAUUUACUUGUCAUGAAAGAAUACCAUACAUUAGUAAAUAAAUAAACCCCACAUAUGAACAGUUUACCCCCUAUUACGUACUGCUAGAUCACAUUUGAAUUUGUAAUAAGUGAAAAAAAGAUAGAUUAAAAGUUUUAUUAAUAUAUGUAAACAGGCCAAAAUCUGAGAGUCAAAUAUUUGCAGUUGUAAUCAGAUGGAAGGGAGGGCUGCAAGGAGUGUUAGAAGUUAGCUAGGGAUAUCUUUGACAGUCUUCUUGUCUUGAUCGCAGAGGACAACUUUUAAUAGUUGUUACAGUGUUACCUGUAUAUUGGUACAAGAUUAAGGUCAGUUUAGCAAGACAAAAGAAAGCUGAGGGAAUUGGGACUAAACAGAGCCCAAGAAAGACAGUUAGUAGCUCUUAGCAUUAAAGACGAUCUGGCGAUGAUUGAGAAUCAAGUACCAGGAGUGUGUUAUGGUUUGGCUAACUUUAUAGUUGAAUUAUAAGAGCUGUGAAUUUCAGUUUGCUGAAUGGCUACUCGUAAAGUGGCCAGGAACAUUGGAGUGUUAGAUGUAAUAAUGAGUCUUAGCUAGUGAAACAACAGAGCAAGAACUGGGACAAGUAAGCAGAUAAAAUCUAGAACUGAUGCUAUAUGAAAAUUUGGUGUGUAUAUGUUUUUAAGCCAGUAAGGCAACAUUUCUGUUGAGAGCCUUGUGCAGGUGUCACGUAAGAUUGGUAGGAACUAGUGUUUUGUAGAAUAAGAAAACAAAAACAGCCUCUUGUAUCCUGUGGAAGGAUCUGGUUUCUGAACUUGUAGACUUGUCUAAGUUACAUAGGCAGUAUUAAAAGAAUGUGAACAGCAGUAUACAGUAUGUUUUAAAAUUGGACUUGAAAUUGUUAGAAACUCACAUUAACUUGAGAAAUGAAUUAUGACACCAUUCAGACCAUAAUUGCUUUUUUAAAAAGUUGAGUGUAAUUUUACUCUUAAUAAUACAUGGUUUUAGAUAUGUUUCAUUUUCAUAUCCAUCAAGAUUUUUUUAAAAAACCUAACACAUGAAAGUGUAUUGUGCUCGUACUAAUUACAAGAAACUGGAACUGAGGCUUGGAGUGAGUUACUUACUGCUGUUAACCAUAGUGUAGUGUGCUAUAUCCCAUGCCAACAAAAUAGGCCUCAAACACCAGUGUUUUUGGGUGGGGAAUGGGAUAAAGAGUAGUUACUAUUUUAUGCCCCAUUCUAGAUAAUGCCCGUUCCUUGAGUGAUGAAUUUCUAGCUUAGGUUGCAAAUCAGGAAAAGUUCUGCUCGUCCUCUCAUUAAUGAUCUUUCAGGAUAAGUUGCCUAUUGAUAUUUUCUGCUAAAAAAAUCCUUUCAUUUUAUAGCUGAUGAAGUGAACUACCAAGAUGUAACAGAUAUUUUUUUGUCCACAGUUUUAGAAAACAUUACCUAUUUUAUGCUUUCAGCCUUAUAUAGUGCUGCUGCUAGUGCUUUGUAUCUGUUGCUGGCAGAAGACUUACAUGCAGAAAAUCCUACUCUGGAUACUAUGAUAUCUGUUUGUAAUUUUGUGUGUUCUGAAUGUCUGUGUUUUGCAGCUUUAAAUUGAAAUAUUUUGCACCAGCUGGAGGAUUGUCCAGCUGGGAGACAACCAGCUAUUUCUGCUUCAGCCUCUUUAAGCUGCUGUGCACUUUUGUUAUUAAUAUUCAUUUUAUUUUAAAAUCUGUUUGGAACAGGCAUUGUAUGUAUUGAAAGACUAGCUGAAUUCAGCAUGAAUGCAGUUUGAAGGUAAUUUAAAUGUUUAGUCACCUGAAAUGUGUAUGCUGUUAUCAAUAAACAUUCACAUGAGAAAGAUU